GCUGAAGUGAACUGCAGAUUUGAACACGGACGGAGAAGGGAUGGCCAGAGAUGAAAAUCCAUGCUGCGGCCAUCCGGAUGACUUGAAGAUCGAAAACAUUGGACGCGCUCGUUCCCGUGAACGUGCACGGCACUGCCCGGUGUGUUUGGAUGCAAAGUCAGCCCACAGACUGACAGCUCCGAGCUCGGGAGCGGAAUAGUGGAGUCUACGCCUUAUUUUGAGGAUAAACCCCGCUUGGGCACGGCGAAACGCUCCGGAAUAAUAACACCCACUAAGCGGCAAAGACCGCUUUAAUUUCAUUCGGAAUUUAAUUGGGGUUUCGGAUCCUAAUGAAAACGCCCCUGCGACUGUUUCUGUGGAUGUUGCUGCCUUCAGUGUCCAGGUUAGGUUUCAGUGGACGCCGGGAUAAAAUAAAGGAAUCAAAGGCGUUAGACGCGUCAUACACGUAUUAGAAAAUUUUGUAUUAUUUUUAUUAUUAUUAUUUAGAAAAGGACAUGGCUACAGUGGACUCGGAUCUCAGCCAGCUCCAUAAAAAUCUUCGCUGACAAUAUUUUCCACCUUACUGGACCGAGUGACAGCCUCCAUCUCUGCUAAAGAAGAUAUUUACACAGCCUCCGUCACAGCCGAACAUGCAGUUCUUCCUCUAAACGUGACACAAUAAUGAUAAAUGUUUGUAUUUAUCGGUCUCCAGCGAAGAAGGACUUCUCCUGCAGCAGACCUAAUGUAGCCCCGCAGCAGCAGAGGCGAUUGAUGCAGGCCGCUGCGUACGCACGGAGGCAGGUUUGUUGCGCUCAGGCUGCUCUGGAUGCUGAACAUGGUGCCACUUCACUGCCCCGCAGCAGUCACUGAGUACCUGCUGCCACUCAGCCGUCGGCCCGUCUCUCUCAUCCCCGCUCAGCUGUAUUAAAAUGGACGAGGCCCCUUUGUUUGAAGUCUUUCAGGGACGCUUAACCGGCUAACGAGGUGGCCAUGCGUGGAUAGGAUUUAGCUCGGACCGGCUCGUGGAGAUGUAAGGCGAAGAUAUCCGCGGAUAUUUGCACGCACAACGCAGAGGAGAAAGCAGCCCACAUUCAUGGAGACGGCUGGCGGGGGAGGUGCAUCGGCUGGAUGAGAAAUAAUGUGAACCCCCCCUUCUGCACAGAGGAUUUCACUCGGCUCAUGCACUUGCUUUGGCUGUUACUGGGAGCCUAAUGAUUUAUUUUCCUUACUGAAAUUAAUCUGACAGUCAGCUGUGGCUUCAUCGUCACGCCAGCAACUGGUGAAGCUGCCUCUGAUCUGUCAAGGGUCAUUUUUAAUUGGCUGAAAUUAAGCAAACUAAAGCCAAGAACGAAAAUCUCCAAGGUCAUAAUUGAGCUGAGAUUUUUUUUUUUUUUUUUUUUUAUUGAAUACGUUUCCUAAAACCUAGGAAUGAAUUUUUCACAGUUAUGCACAUCCUUCUCUCAAUAUUUGCAUCCUCUAAUGCAAAACAGUGAUGGCAAUCAGUUCUUUUUAUAAGUAGCUAUGAAUACCUACUGUUUUCUAAUUUACCAGAAUUUGUGCCAGCUUUUAAAAGACCCAUCAGUCCAUGCAAACAAUCCGUUUUCUAGGAAAUCCAGUCAUGGACCUGCCUUGCUGAGUGUCAUUGUUUGACCUGAAGUACAUUACCCCUGUGUGAACCUGCCUUUUGGCAAUACCUGCUACUUGUGCAUUGUGUUGCAACUGUACGAUUUAGCACAAAUUCAUAAAUGAGAUGCAGUGAGCGGGGAGAUCCCCUGAUCUGGGCUCCUUCAGGCUGGUCGAGACCACUUCGUCUCAGUCCAUGGGCCUUGUGAGGAUUUCGUGCCUGAGUUGACACGGGGCCAGCCCAAAGCUUCAAACAGCAGUGAGGCUGCCAUGAAUCCAUACGAAAGAACAAGCAGCACAGCGACCCCGCUGUCUUGCACCAGCUGCGGAGGCUGCUGCUCACCACCUCCCCCUUGCCUCAUCCGCCCUGGGCCCCCGUCCUCUUCUACCUCUUCCUCUUUCUCUUCCAUGCCCCCGAGCAUGACCCCUCCACCACCAAUGUCCCCCACCCCGUUCGUGCAGGUGGAGAACGGAACCAGCUGGAACUCCUGUACCGUCUCGUCCUCGGACUCUCCAGAUUCCCAUCCCGGUUGCCGAUGCGGGGUUAAAAACCCCAACCCUUACUGGACGGCGGUGUUUGAUUAUGAGGCCACAGCAGAUGAGGAAUUAACCCUGCGACGCGGUGACCUGCUCGAGGUUCUCUCCAAAGACUCCACAGUGUCUGGGGACGAGGGUUGGUGGACAGGAAAGAUCCAGGACAAGGUGGGUAUCUUUCCGAGUAACUAUGUCACCAGAGGAGACGCUGCCAGUUACCAGCAGCUGAAGGCCGGGAGCCUGGUGGCAGUUCGGGUGAGUGAUUCCCCCUUGGAGAUUGACUUCUCAGAACUGACCCUGGAGGAGGUGAUAGGAGCCGGUGGGUUCGGGAAGGUGUACAAAGGAGUUUGGCGGAGAGAAGAGGUCGCCGUAAAGGCUGCUAGGCAGGAUCCAGAUGAGGAUAUUAGUGUCACAGCGGAGAGCGUGCGGCAGGAGGCCAGGUUGUUUUGGAUGCUUCGUCACCCCAACAUUAUUUCUCUCCGCGGGGUUUGCCUGAAGGAACCCAACCUCUGCUUGGUGAUGGAGUAUGCCAGAGGAGGGGCUUUGAACCGUGCACUGGCUGGGAAGAAUGUUCCCCCGAGGGUUUUGGUGAACUGGGCCGUGCAGAUUGCCACUGGCAUGGAUUACCUGCACAACCAGGCAUUCGUACCAAUCAUCCACAGAGACCUCAAGUCCAGCAAUAUCCUCAUCCUGCAGCCGGUGGAGCGGGACGACCUGAGUGGGAAAACCCUGAAGAUCACGGACUUUGGUCUGGCCAGAGAGUGGCACCAGACCACCAAGAUGAGUGCAGCGGGGACUUACGCCUGGAUGGCGCCGGAGGUCAUCAAGCAUUCUCUGUUCUCCAAGAGCAGCGACGUGUGGAGUUUUGGCGUGCUGCUGUGGGAGCUGCUGACCGGAGAAGUUCCUUACCGGGAGAUAGACGCCCUGGCGGUAGCUUACGGAGUUGCCAUGAACAAGCUGACACUCCCCAUCCCUUCAACCUGCCCUGAACCUUUUGUUCUGCUGCUGAGAGAGUGCUGGAGCGCCAACCCCCGCGGCAGGCCUUCCUUCACCAGCAUCCUGCGGCGCCUGCAGGCCAUCGAACAGUCCUCCAUGUUCCAGAUGCCUCUGGAGUCCUUCCACUCGCUGCAGGAGGACUGGAGGCUGGAGAUCCAGCAGAUGUUUGAUGAGCUCCGGGCCAAGGAGAAGGAGCUGAGAUCGUGGGAGGAGGCGUUGGCCCGGGCGGCCGAGGAGCAGAAGGAGCAGGAGGAGCAGCUGAAGAAGAGGGAGCAGGAGCUGGCGGAGAGGGAGUUCGACAUCGUGGAGCGGGAGUUGAACAUCAUCAUCCACCAGAUGUACCAGGGGAAGCCCAGCGUCAAGAAGAGGAAGAACCGGUGGAAGCCGGGCAGCAACUGCAUCAGUCUGCCCUCUGGUUUUGAGCACAAGAUCACAGUGCAGGCGUCCCCCAGCGUGGACAAGAGGAAGAGUGCUUCCUUGUGUGUCUCAGUGACCCCGAGCGACGGCAGUAAAACGUGGGGCCGCACCUCCGUGUGUAACAACAAAGACCUGACAGCCAAUAAGAAGAAAGGACGCACCUGGGGGCCGAGCUCCACCCACCAGAGGGAGCGGGUCGGAGGAGAGGACAAGCUGAAAUCCCUCAGUGAAGGUAAAGUUUACUCAUCCAGUGCACCAAACCUGGGCAAGUCCCCCAAACACGCUUCCAUGAUGCCCGGCAUCUCCAACAUCAAUGAGAUGGAGGAGUGCUCCGAGUUCGAGGAAUCGCCGUUGCCCUCAGAGACCAGCAGCAACGGGGCCAUCAACGCGGCGCCUCCGGUCUGCGGCGCGGGCCUCUGCCCGGCGUCCGGAGCCCUGUGGAUGGGCGUCAGCAACCAGGACUCGGCUCGGCGCUGCAACCAGAGGAAGAAGAGCGACAUGUUGCUGCUGGGCUGCGCCUCUCUGCUGGCCUCUGUUGGUCUGGGGCAGGACCUGCUGCAGCUGGGCAAACAGCAGAUGCUUCAGGACGAGCAGGACCGAGAGGAGCAGCGGAAGAAGAAGGAGGGUCUCUUCCAGCGGACGGGCCGUUUCCGCCGCAGCACCUCCCCGCCCAGCAGGAACCUCUCGCUGACGCUCUCCAGACACCAUGACUCCGGGCUCGCCUGCAUGGACCCGUCCCCCUCCGUCACACUCCUGUCUCUGUCCUCCCUGUCUGACUGCAACUCCACCAAGUCCCUCCUCCCCUCGGACUCGGACGACUACCCUCUGACCCCGUCAGCGGGCGUCAAGACGCCCUCGGUGGCGGCGCCGCCGUCUCCAGCUCCCGCUCUCAACCCGCUCCUGGACUUGCGGGCGGAGAGCUUCAAGAAGGAGCCCAACCAGUCGCUCACGCCCACCCACGUGUCGGCAGCGAUGGCUCUUAACAGAGGACACAGACGGACGCCGUCGGACAGCGCCAUCCGACCCCGAGCGCAGACUCUGGGACACCGCAGGACGCCGUCUGACGGCAGCAUGCCGAUGCCUCCUCAUCCCGUCACCACGGCAUCUAAAGGAACUCCAGACAGACUGGACAUCCCUCGCCUCCCGGACCCGUCCACGAUCCACCCCCACGUCCCCCACCGGCGUAAAGCCCCGGCUCCCCCGGCCCCCAGCCCGACUCCCCCCUUCCUCAUCAGCCCCCUGGAGAGACCCAAGACCCUGGAGUUCGCCCCGCGACCGCGGCCCACCCCGGCCUGGAUCAGGGCCGACCACAGGAAGCUGGGCUCCGUGUGCCGGACCCUGAGCUCGUCGCCGGGCAGCAGCUGCGACAGCCCCCUGGGCUCCGGGGACGGCAGCGCCGGCGCCACGCGGCCCAACCUGAUGGACAUGGAAAUGGAGGGCCAGAAUCUGGACCCGACCAUUCCCCUUUGUGGACAGCAGCAGCCGGCCGCUCUGUGCGAACAGCAGUACUUGUAGUGACGCGUUUCGAGGUUUCUGGGGCUUGGCACCGAAGUAAAACCCACUUCUGAAGAUGUCGCACCGCUUGGGGAAAGCGGUUUCCUCCUCAACCUUAGUGGACUGGUUACAUGUGCAUUAAAAAAAAAAUCUAUUUCCUCCACCUUUCUGCAAUCUGGUGGUUGCUUUUCAUUGAUUUAUACCUGCUUCUUCUGCCUCAAAGUUCAGACUGGCUGAUGUCAUCCAGAGCUGGCCAUGCUUACUGGAAACCCUGGUAAAGAUGAUAAAGACAAAGUUAAUAUAACAGUAAAUUCAUCUUUUCCUGCAGCAGCAUAGCUAUGUCAAGAAAUAAUUGUAUUUUAGAAAAUCACAACUAUUAGUACCUCAACCAAUUCAAUAUUAUUUUUAAAUAUAUCCUUUAAUUUUUUAAGUUAGACUUCCUAAGAGUUUUUUUUUUUUAAAUUGGUAAUCCGUGGUUCUCCUCCUCCCUACAGUAUAAAUACAACCCAACACACAGACCUGUUUCUCUAAGAUGCUUUUUAAAAUGGGAAACCCAGUGAGCUGCUUGGUAAGAGAUU